AUGCUUAAGAGCCGCUCGUCCAUCCAAAAAGUCCUAGACUACUUGGAGCGAGUGUUCGUAUCCAAGAAAGUUAGCGGCGAGGAAAUGGGCCAGUCAGUAACGCACAAAGCCAAUCGAAAACCAAUUAAAAGCAAUACAUUAACUCUUCACAGAUGCACUGGGUGCUUCCAAAAUGUCCCAAAGAGCAAUCUAUUAACUGCUCCUUGUGCACACCAAUACUGUCCCUCAUGCCUCCGACGAAUGUCCUCAACAGCCUUGAAGAACCCGGACAUGUUCCCGGCAAAAUGUUGUUUCCAAGAGAUCCCCACCAAAGCACUCAUGAAGGUGAUGAGUUCUCGAAACAAACAGCGGUAUAUCGUUCGAUGGGAGGAGAAUAACAUUCCUCCCCUAGAGCGCUUGUACUGUCCUCGGGAGAAGUGUAGCCGAUGGAUCCCCCCAAAGAGCACCGGGACACGGUUAGGAUAUCGUGUCUGUCCUCAUUGCCGGGCAAAGGUUUGCUCCAAGUGUGGGGACUUUUUCCAUCUCGGUUGGUCAUGUAGCCAUGAUUCGGAGACGAAGGCGAUGUUGCAGCUGGCAAAGGAGAAUAAUUGGCAGAGAUGUUCCAAUUGUUUGUAUUUGGUUGAGAAGGUGGAUGGAUGUAACCACAUCGUUUGUAUGUGUGGGCAUCGAUUUUGGUAUGCGUGA